CGAGAAGCAUCAAGCUCCAUCUGACGAACCCAAGAAUGAUCGAUCCCUGCUUAAAACAUUAACCGAGCGCUCAGCGGUCGUUACACACGAGCAGCUGUCACGGUUCCGCAGCAGAACAUCCAUCGAACCGACGACCGGGCUUCAUCAGCUAUGACAGACCAGAUCCAGGAGCUCGUCUCUGCGUGCCUGCGGGCCCGGGACAUGGCUCACUGCCCCUACAGCCGCUUCCCGGUCGGUGCCGCCGUGCUGACGGCAGGGGGCGCUGUGGUCACAGGCUGCAACGUGGAGAACGCCUCCUACGGCCUGACGGUGUGCGCCGAGCGGGCGGCCGUCCAGAGGGCCGUGGUGCAGGGACACCGGCGGUUCAAGGCGAUCGCUGUGACAUGUGACAUCAAAGACAGUUUCGUCGGGCCGUGUGGGGCGUGUCGCCAGGUUCUCAUGGAGUUUGGAUCAGAGUGGACUGUGUAUUUGGUCAAGCCUGAUGGAUCUCACAAGGAAACCAGCCUCGGGGAACUGCUGCCUCUGGCCUUUUCCCCCUCACACCUCAAUGUGCUGACGAAGCCUCAACAGCCUUAGAUGACAUGUGCUUCACAUGAACAAAUAAAGAAAGAAAUGCACCAUUUA